AUGUCAGACGAGGGAAAGUCAUUCACGCUGCAGACCGCAUCGUUCGAUGCUCGGUUCCCCAACCAGAACCAAACAAAGCACUGCUGGCAAAACUACGUUGAUUACUUCAAGUGCAUCAACGCCAAGGGAGAGGAGUUUGCACCUUGCAAGCAGUUCUACCGAGCGUACCACUCGUUGUGCCCCAACGAAUGGAUCGCCAAGUGGGACGAGCAACGCGAGAACGAUGCCUUCCCUCACUCCCUCGACCCGUAG